AUGGCAGGGGAGCCAAAACCAUACAGACCUAAACUGGGAAAUAAGCGACCACUUUCUGCUCUCUACAGACUUGAAUCAAAGGAACCUUUCCUCUCUGUUGGUGGUUAUGUCUUUGAUUAUGAUUAUUACAGAGAUGAUUUCUACAAUCGGUUGUUUGACUACCAUAGCCGGGUCCCUGCCCCACCUCGUGCUGUGAUUCCAUUGAAACGCCCACGGGUAACAGUCACAGCAACUCGCAGAGGAAAAGGGGUGUUCUCCAUGAAAGGAACAUCAAGGUCUACAUCGAGUGGAACUUCAUCAUCAGGAUCAAAAUUGAAAUCAGAUGAGUUACAGACAAUCAAGAAGGAAUUAACUCAAAUCAAAACAAAAAUUGAUUCUUUGCUAGGGAGACUGGAGAAGAUUGAAAAGCAGCAGAAAGCUCAAUCAGAAGUCCAGAAGAAACAAAUAGAAGACAGUGUGGAGUUGAUCCAAGAAGAAUGCAUAUCAGAGAAUGCUGACAACUCUGCAGAAGAGCCUAUUGAAGGAGGGCUGGAUGGGGAUGGAGAAGAAAUGACAGAUGGGAUAGAGGAAGAUUUUGAUGAGGAUGGCAGUAAUGAGCUGUUUUUACAGAUCAAAUGAACACAAUCCUUUUGGAAGCUGAGAAGAUAAUUCAUAGACUUCCCUGUGUGAAAAUGUAAACUACAGUUUCUUGUCAGCUCAAAGCAUCUUUGACUCAAUUUGUAUGAAGAGCUGAAUUUCCUUUUGGAAAUGGACAUCACCAUUCACAGCUUAGAAAUUCCAUUUCUUAUGUGUUUAAAACUACACAAUUGUCAUAUUUUUAUGGUUUAGACUGUAAAUGUGUUUCUCCUGGCUAAUCACUGGUAUUUUUUUUUUAAAUUUUGAUGUCAGAUAGCCAAUGACUUGUAUGAUAAUAUGAAGGACAUAUUUAAAAUGAAAGAAAUACUGUACACAAAUGUAUAUUUGUAAAAGCUAUUUUUAUGAUUAGCAUGUUUUAUGGUUCAUCAUAUUUACAGUCAGGUGAUAUUGCACUUAAAUGUUUACAGCAUAAUGAAAAGAGAUCAUCAAAGAUUUAUGAGCCAAUAUAUAUUUUAAUUAUUUUUAUUCCUGUUUUAAAGCAAAUACAUACAUUAGUGGGGUUAUAGAAAAGGACAAAUUAAUAAUUUGUCUUUGAAGUUUUUUCAGUGCAUCAUCACACUAAAAUGGAUAUAAUUUGCAUAUGUUCUGUGCACAGUUUCCAGUGAUAUCAAUAGAAAACAAUCAUUAAUGUCAAUAUACCCCAACCCUUAUCUUGCUACUCUUAGCUUCAGAUAAGCACAUUUUGGAUAGGAUAUAGAUCAGUAUGGUUCAAAACUCUCUUAAUCCUUCUAUGAGUGUUGCCAUGUUGUAAAGUUGGCAUGUUUGAUGCAUAUCUGCUUUCUAUUCCACUGAAUUGCCUUUAUUUGAGCUCUUCACUCACAUGACUGGAGGUUCUGGUUUUAACCAAUUUUAACCUGACAGACAGGCAGACAGACAGGUGCAUCAAUUUGUCUGGGGUUAAUUUGCCAAAUGAUGGGAGUGCUGUCCCAUACAGUAGCCCAACAGUGAAGUACCAUAGAUACAUCAUCUCUUUCCUCUCAAUAACAUACAAAAGGUAUUCCAAUUGCCCUUGUUUUUCACUCUUGCUCACAGAAUGAGGUUUGAAACUGGAUUGUUUCCACAAAUGAGUCCACAUUAAUCAGUUUUAUGAUUCUAGGUAAGCUGAUCCCCUCCCUCCUUCCCCCCCCCUCAAAAUACCCUUAUGAAUUUAUCUACACUCAAUCCUCGUUAUACGCAGGGGUUACGUUCUUGAAAAAUGGAAAUGGAAACCAUGGUUAUUGAAGCAUUGUUCCUAGUGCUGUCACGUGACCUGUUAUCAGAACAAUGUAGAGACUUUUUUCUCUACAGCGCAUGGCCACAUUGAGACCACAUAUGAAGAAAAAUGGGUUACACUUUUAUAGAAGUGUAUAAGCAAAUCCACAGAAGCAGAAUGCAUGGAUAACGAUUGAGUGUAUAUGAAUAGCACAUAUGCACAAAUACAUUUACUUUCUUCAGCAGCUGCUCCUUCUGAAGUGGAAGAACUGAUGUCUUGGCAAUUCUGAAAACAAAAGUGGCUCGUAGUUUCUUAGUUCAGCUGUAAGUCACAGCAGAGACAAGAUACCAAACUUUUAUGUAAGGGUAUUCUUCGGCAACUUAAUUUGUAGAACAGCAUUACCAAAUUCAGGUGCCUUUCCGAGGGCCCAGAGGAAUUGUCAGACCUUCAAUAACAUCUACAUUUAUAGUGAAAUGGAAGAUGCAUAUGGCUGUGGCAAGGCAAGGCAAACUGUGUGUGUUCACUGAAUGGGUGCGUGCCCCUUCCCCAAAACCUCUUCAAAGGGCUUGAAGGCUAUUGCUUAGUAUUUUUACAAAUACUUCUUCAGUCUUCAUUUAGGAAGCACGGCUUUCAUGAAUUUAUUGCUACAUCAUUUUACAUGUACAAUUCAUGAAUUAUCCAGAGCGAGAGAUCAAUUGUACAGUGCCUCAGUUGCUUGCAUGUGACUCCUACAAUUUGCAUCCAUAAAGAUUCAGGCAGGAAUAUGCAGUAUGCUACCUGUAAAGCAGCUUUGAAUACAGUAUCCCCAGAUUAAAAGGUGCAGGAAAAGAACAGCCUGUUGCUCAGUUAAAUCUGUGAAUAAUAUGUGAAGCUGCCAUCUGCUAAAUCAAAGCAUCAGUUCAUGUAACCAGGUAUUGUCUGCCCUUACUGGCUGUGGCCUUGGGCAGAGGACUAUUGCCUAAGAUCCUUUUGACCACAGACGCCAGAAACUCAACUGGAACUUUCUGUAUGCAAAGCACAUGGUCUAUUUGAACAUAUAGCUCCUUCAUGUGUUCUCCUGUCUGUUGCAUUAUUACAAUGUUUUCAUAAAGGCAGUCUAUUUUUAGUAUAAAUUCUUUUUUCCUAAGCCCAUGCAGUGAUUAUAAAAAGUAAUCAAGAGGAGGAGGAAAAUAUGCAGGGCUUGAUUCAGCAUCCUUUUGCUGGAAGCACUGCACCCACAUAUCUUUGCACACAAGACAAAUUAAUCCAGAAAGGAGAUGGAAUGUUGAUAUCUAUUACAAUAGGGACAUUUCCCCCUCUUUUUGAAUGUAUGCAUUAAGUGGUAUUGCAUUUUUGGUUUACAACAAUUCUUCUAAGGAAUGGGAACAGAUUCUUAAGACCAUGGAAAGUAUUACUUGUAUAAAAUAUACCAUUGGGCAAUUUGAUUUGGAAGGAGUUCUUCAGAACAUGAAACAGUGAAAACACAGCUGCUUUAAUGAGUCACAGAGAGGUGCUGGUUUCAGCUCCCACAAAUUCCACAAUACUUCAUUUGAACUAAGUCCGAAACAUGGCACACCCAUAAGGUAACUCUACAGCCAUUUUUAAAAGCCAUGGUGGUUUUAAAUAAUAGGACAGAAUUUUUAUUUGCAUUCAUCCUCUGAACAUAUUGGUUCUGUGUCAACAUUCAAUGCAAUUUUGUUCCAAAUGCUGUAACAUAAAUUUUACA